AUGCUUGUAAAACCGCAGGUGACGGGGAACUCGCGGUGCAGCGCGGGUGCCGGCUGCACGGUGGGGUUUGGCUCGCUGCGCUCCGCCGAUCGAUUUCGAGCAAUCCAGAGGUUAAGGAAGCUUGGAAACAGCGCGGCUCUCGGCUCCCCGCAGCCGCCGAGCCCCCCCGGCAGCCCCCCCGCGCCACGGAGCCGGCCCCGCAUUUGCAUCCCAACUUUUUUUAACUCUCCCACGUACACUUUACGUAUCGGCUACGUGGAGGCUCCUCGGCCGCUCCUAUAUAUCCUUACGCCGGGCACGGCCCCCGCUCCUCCGCUCCGCCGGCGGCUCCGGGCUCGGGGCGGCCGCCGGGAGCCGCGGGCGAGGCGGGCAGGAGACCCCCGGUUCCGGCCCCUCUGCCCACCGAGGAGAAGCCGCCGGCCCAGCCCGAGGCCCGUCCUGCCGCAGCUCCGGGGACGCCCAGGACACCAGGCUGGACGUGGGUUCACCCUACCUGCUGCUCAUUUUCUGGCUGACAAAUUGUCUCUGGCCCUGGUGAGAGUUCAUGGGCACAUCCUGCUCAGGUUGGCUCAUUAUUCCAUGAAUCAGGAGUGGGGGUUAUUUGGAAAACCCCACCCUCCAAAAGCCACGAGGAGCUGCCAGCAGGACCUUGCCCAGAGGGACCCUCAGCAGAAGCCCCUCACCACAGCUGAUCCCACCUCAUCCUCGUCCUCCUCCCGCUGCUCUGCUGGCAGACCUUGGCCCGCAGCAUGACGUGGAUCCUGAUUUGCACCAGUGCCUGUCCAGGCUGACCAGGGCUGCCUACCAGAGCUGCUGACCAGCACCGGGCCUCGGCGUGGGGACAGACAGGGUGCAGAGGACGCCGGGACAUGCCCAUCCUGCCCACUGCGCUGUGGGCCACUCGCCGGUGAAGAACGUAAGGCUGGAAGAACAGGAAAAAUUAAGAAAAAAAAAAUAAAAGAAGAAAAGAAAGAAAAAGAGUCUCCAACCCCAGGAAAUCUGUGUUAAUUGCUUAUGAAUGUCUCUGUCUAAAAAAUUAUCGAAUUGAUGUUGUCGUGCUUUUUUUUGACAGCCUGUCUGUUACAUUUUUUUAAAAUAUUCAUGCACCGAAAUCUAAUUACUAGGCAAAUUUAAUGAUAAUGAAAUGAAGGCACUUUAGCAGAAAGCAUAGGGCCUUGUUAAUGUUUUCUCAGCCUCUGUCUUGUUCAUAUUUUUAAAAUUAUUUUUUACAACUGUCUUUCCUGCACGUGAAAAAAAAAAAAAAAAAAAAGAUUGCUGAAAAUAAAACUCGGAUUGCCGAUAA